ACAAAAAUACUGUAAAGUUGGAUUCGGUGCAAAAGCAAAUAAAGAAAGAGAUUCUACAAGCUUCUCAAGUAUGGCUUCUGUGGGGAGAAAUGUUCUAGCUCCAUUGCUGUUUCUGAACUUGCUCAUGUAUUUGAUUGUUCUUGGUUUUGCUAGUUGGUGUCUCAAUAGGCUCAUCAAUGGCCAAACUUAUCACCCAAGUUUUGGUGGAAAUGGUGCUACCUCGUUCUUCUUGAUCUUUUCCGUAUUAGCUUCUGUUCUUGGUAUUGUGUCGAAAUUCAUAGGUGGAAAUCACAUCAGGGCAUGGAGGAGUGACAGUUUAGCAUCUGCUGGAGCUACUUCAGUUGUUGCUUGGGCUGUUACUGCUCUAGCCAUGGGGUUGGCUUGCAAGGAGAUACACAUAGGAGGACACAGAGGGUGGAGGCUGAAGAUGGUGGAAGCUUUCAUAAUCAUACUGACAUUCACACAAUUGUUGUAUUUGUUGCUGAUCCAUGCAGGGCUAUAUAAUACCAGAUAUGGUCCGGGUUAUCGUGACACUGACUAUGGUGUUGGAGGAGGAACUACUGGUGAUCCUAUGCAUAAGGGUGUUCCUGCUACUCGUGUUUAAUAAUCAACAUUAUAAUCUAUAGUUACAAGUUUGUUUCUUGUUUAGUUUUAAUAAUGUUGUAGUUUCCUAGUCUGGACUAUGUUCCUGUUUUAUGUUUAUUUUGGAUGGAUCAGUUGUUCCUUGUAUGAAGGAGUGUCAGUUUGUAGCAUUGCAUUGUGUAUACUGAGGGCUGCAAUUUAUUAGUAUGUAUUUCCUUCUUUUUUUGUUA